AGUCAAGACUAGAAAGCGGGAACGGCAGAUUCGCACAUUUCCUGACAAUAAUUAGUAAUAACAGACUGUUACACUUCACAGAAAGGUUUACUUUAUUGCUGUAAACUCUUUGCAGCCGGUUGACCUCAGCAGGACAGCUCGACGGUAGGCUACAGUACGAACCCCUGACAUCGGAAUGGAAAUGUUAAAAACGCACACAAUGCGUCGAUAAUGGUAACAUUUAGUGGUAGUAUCACGAUACAGCGUGGUGUAUGUUUGAUUUUGAGCUAAAAGUGGAGGCGUGACUGUGACAGCGAGGGGCGGGUGAACCGUGCAGGGCGGAUGAGGAAGUGGCUGCAGACUCUCCGUGGAUCUUACAGACUCCUCAGUCCCCAGAAAGGAUUUGCCACUCAUAAAAACAUGCCUGGGAAGAAAGUGUGCAUCGUUGGAUCUGGAAACUGGGGUUCCUCCAUUGCCAAAAUCGUUGGUCACAAUGUCAAAGGCAACAACCGCUUCGAUCCCAUUGUGAACAUGUGGGUUUUUGAGGAAGUCAUCAACGGGAAGAAGCUCACCGAGAUCAUCAACACAGAGCACGAAAACGUCAAAUAUCUGCCAGGUCACAAGCUGCCCAAGAAUGUGGUGGCCGUCCCCGACAUCACAGAAGCCGUGAAGGGAGCGAAGUUCCUCGUCUUCGUUAUCCCACACCAGUUCAUCAACAGACUCUGCGAUCAGAUGAAGCCGCACGUGACGGAGGGAACCAUCGGGAUAUCGCUCAUCAAAGGCAUCGACGAGGGACCAGAGGGACUGAAGCUCAUCUCCGACAUCAUCCGAGAGAAACUGGAGAUUGAAGUCAGCGUCCUGAUGGGGGCAAACAUCGCCAACGAGGUGGCGGACGAGAAGUUCUGCGAAACUACGAUCGGAGCGAAGAACGAGGCUAACGGCCUCAUAUUCAAAGAGAUGCUGCAGACUCCCAACUUUCGCAUCACUGUUGUUCCUGAGAGCCACACAGUGGAGCUCUGUGGAGCCUUAAAGAACAUCGUGGCUGUGGGCGCCGGGUUUUGCGACGGCCUGGACUGCGGGGACAACACCAAAGCAGCCGUGAUCCGGCUGGGCCUAAUGGAGAUGAUCGCCUUUGCCAAGAUCUUCUUCCAAGGAGGCGUCAGCUCCACUACGUUCUUGGAAAGCUGCGGCGUGGCCGACCUCAUCACCACCUGCUACGGAGGGCGCAACCGCAAAGUGGCCGAGGCCUUCGUCAGGACGUCCAAAUCCAUCACUGAGCUGGAGGCAGAAAUGCUCAAUGGCCAGAAGCUCCAGGGUCCGCAGACCUCAGCCGAGGUCUACAGGAUCCUGCAGAAGAGAGACAUGGUCGACAAGUUUCCUUUGUUUUCAGCAGUUUACAAGAUCUGCUUUGAAGGCAAAGAGGUGAAAGAGUUCAUCACCUGUCUACAGAACCACCCAGAGCACAUGUGAUGCGUGACCGGUGUUCGUGUCUGCUGCUGCAGCUUUCUACCACUAGAGGGCAGAAGAGUUUCAUCAGAGAGAAAACCACAACCUUCACACAAUCCAUGGCACUUAAACAUUUUAUUCAUUUAUAAUGUAUCAUCAUGUGAUUGAGUCUAUAUUUUAUAAGCUUUGACGACAUUCCUUUGAUUUUAUUUUUAUAUGAUUUGUUAUAAUAAUCAAGGCUCUUGGAAAAAAUCAACAUAACAAUUUAUAGCUAUUCAAUAUUCUGAUCAGUGGCAAACGCAUAUCAUAGGGAGAGCCACUCCAUUUUUAAUAUUACCAAAAGUGUCCUAAGUGGUGUUGACUUUUGUUUUUAUCACUACAUGGUGUGUGUGUGUAUGUGUGUGUGCAUUUAUAACCUCAUAAUUGUAACUAAAGAUAUUCUUUUUAUCUUAAUGUGGAGUUAUGUUCUCUAUUAAAUUGAUUUAUAAGAAA